AUUUUGGUCAGACUCACAGCAUAAUCACGGACUUCAUGCUUCGUAUCACUACUUCAUACUUUGAAAUUGAACCAUUUACGUCGUCGUUUUGCUAAGGAAACAGAAACGGAAUUUUGCUCACAACCUUCCCCAGCGUCCCUAACCCUAACUUGCGAUCGAGUUAGAGAGGGAAAUGAUGUCGAACGUGGAUGAGGAUGAAGAGAAAUGGCUGGCCGAAGGGAUCGCUGGCGUUCAACAUAACGCCCUGUACAUGCAUCGCGCUUUGGACUCUAAUAAUCUCAGAGAAGCUCUCAAAUAUUCAGCUCAGAUGCUCUCGGAGCUUCGAACUUCCAAACUUUCUCCUCACAAAUACUAUGAACUCUAUAUGCGAGCUUUCGAUGAGUUGAGGAAGCUGGAGAUGUUUUUCAAAGAUGAAAGCAGGCAUGGUGUAUCAAUUGUUGAUUUAUAUGAGCUUGUUCAACACGCUGGCAAUAUAUUGCCCAGACUGUAUCUCCUAUGUACUGUUGGGUCCGUGUACAUUAAAUCUAAAGAGGCUCCUGCUAAGGAUGUCCUAAAAGAUCUUGUGGAAAUGUGUCGGGGUGUUCAACAUCCAAUUCGUGGGUUAUUUUUGAGGAGUUAUCUUGCUCAAGUCAGCAGAGAUAAAUUGCCUGAUGUUGGUUCUGAAUAUGAAGGAGAUGCUAACACUGUGAUGGAUGCUGUAGAAUUUGUGCUACAGAACUUCACUGAGAUGAAUAAACUUUGGGUUCGAAUGCAGUAUCAGGGACCUGGUCGGAUAAGAGAGAAGCGGGAGAAGGAAAGGAACGAACUUCGUGAUCUUGUAGGGAAAAACCUUCAUGUUCUCAGUCAGAUUGAGGGUGUGGACCUUGAGAUGUACAAAGACAAUGUUCUUCCUAGAGUUAUAGAGCAGGUUGUGAAUUGUAAAGAUGAACUUGCUCAAUCUUAUCUGAUGGAUUGCAUAAUUCAGGUCUUCCCUGAUGAGUAUCAUUUGCAGACCCUUGAGACACUGUUGGGUGCUUGCCCUCAGCUUCAGCCAACAGUUGACAUCAAGACGGUGCUAUCUCGACUAAUGGAUAGGUUAUCAAACUAUGCUGCUUCAAGCACAGAUGUGUUACCUGAGUUUCUACAAGUGGAAGCUUUUGCUAAGUUGAGCAAUGCCAUUGGCAAGGUGAUAGAUGCACAGGUUGACAUGCCUAUUCUUGGAGCUAUAACUUUGUACGUCUCUCUUCUUUCAUUUACGCUUCGUGUUCAUCCUGAUCGGCUUGAUUAUGUUGACAAAGUCCUGGGAGCAUGUGUUGCAAAGCUAUCCAGCAUACCAAAGCUUGAAGACAGCAGGGCGAUGAAACAAGUUGUUUCGCUUUUAAGUGCUCCACUGGAAAAGUACAAUGAUAUUGUCACUGUCUUGACUCUUUCUAAUUAUCCCAGAGUUAUGGACCACCUUGAUAAUGGAACAAAAAAAGUCAUGGCGAUGGUUAUUAUUCAGAGCAUUAUGAAAAAUUGCACUUGCAUCUCAACUGAUGAGAAGGUUGAGGUGUUGUUUGAAUUACUAAAGGGGCUCAUUAAAGAUGUGGAUGAAACUGCAGAGGAUGAGCUUGAUGAGGAGGAUUUCAAGGAAGAACAGAAUUCUGUUGCUUGUCUCAUACACAUGCUUUAUAACGAUGACUUAGAGGAAAUGUUAAAGAUUAUAUGCACUGUGAGGAAACAUAUCAUGACUGGAGGACCAAAACGACUACCAUUUACAGUUCCUCCUCUUGUGUUCUCUGCACUGAGGUUGGUUAGGCGAUUGAAGAGUCAGGAUGGAGAUGUAGCUGGAGAAGAAGAACCCGCAACACCAAAAAAAAUAUUUCAGAUCUUGAGUCAGACUAUUGAGGCUCUUUCUUCUGUUCCAUCUCCUGAACUGGCAUUGAGAUUGUACUUGCAAUGUGCUGAGGCUGCUGGUGACUGUGAUCUUGAGGCUGUUGCCUAUGAAUAUUUCACUCAGGCGUUUGUAUUAUACGAAGAAGAAAUUGCGGAUUCCAAAGCCCAGGUCACUGCCAUACAUCUGAUUAUAGGAUCCCUUCAGAGGAUGAAUGCCUUUGGUGUUGAGAAUCGGGAUACUCUGACGCACAAGGCUACAGGGUAUUCAGCUAGGUUAUUAAAGAAGCCUGAUCAAUGUCGAGCAGUUUAUGCUUGUUCGCAUCUGUUUUGGGUUGAUGAUCAAGAUGGCCUUAAAGAUGGAGAAAGGGUAUUGCUUUGCCUAAAGCGUGCCUUGAGGAUUGCAAAUGCUGCUCAACAAAUGGCCAUUAUUGCACGGGGUAUCAGUGGGCCUGUCAUACUCUUUGUUGAAAUACUGAACAAGUACCUGUACUUUUUUGAGAAAGGAAAUUCACAGAUCACAAGUUCAGCAAUUCAAAGCCUGGUUGAAUUGAUCCGUACGGAAAUGCAGAGUGACUCAACUCCAGAUCCAGCUGCAAGUGCUUUCUUUUCAAGUACGUUGCGGUAUAUUGAAUUCCAGAAGCAAAAAGGUGGUAUAAUGGGUGAGAAAUAUGAUUCCAUCAAGGUGUGAUCGACCAGAACAUGCUAAAGUUGAUGUCAACAAAUGGCAAAGGGUUUAAAGUUUGUAAAUGUGUACAGUUAAUCAUGAAUCAGCUUUAUUGCGAUGAUGUUUCAGGACCUCAUGUGCAUGUAUAGUUUCAGUGUCACCUCAUUAACUUUGGAUUGUGGAAGGCAUUCUUAGGAGGGACGAUACGAGUUCUGAUUGCUAAGGCUGCUGGCAAUGACAUAUAUAUGGUUCUUUACAGCGAAGCUUAAUGCUUAUGGUAUGUGCCAUGAUUAAUUUUGGUUAUUAGUGAAAUGAUACUUGUAUUGUUUCUUAUUUACCAUACCUGUUUAGUAUAUCCUGAAAGGAGGCUUAGAUAUUAUAAUUUUUUGUGAUACUGAUAGAAAACAGCAGCUUGGUUUCUCUUUUUCUUUAUUGUAUUUUGUAAAUCUGAAGAGAACGUUUAAUUGCUAUAUUUAUAUCUGGAUGAACGAUAAUUUUGUUU